AUGACAGCGAAUGACAGCAGCACAGUUCGCUCCUGCAGCAGAUCCAGUGUGAGACGGCUAACCGCCAGCGAACUGCCCGUGUGACUCGACUCAUCCUCGGAUCGGCUGCGUUUGGAGAGACCGAGGACAACCAGCGCACGAUAAUUACGCUCGUUAUUUACCUCUCGCCUGCCUGAGCUGGUGAAGAUGGUGAAGCCAGACAUCCACACUCUGGCCCACCACCUGAAGCAGGAGCGGCUGUAUGUGGGGUCGGAAAAGCAGCUAAUCCAGAGGCUCAACAGUGAUGUGCUGAAGACAGCUGAGAGGCUGUACAGGGCCGCAUGGAUCGCCAAGCAGCAGAGGAUCAACCUCGAUCGUCUCAUUCUCACCAGUGUGGAGGCCUCUCCUGCCGAAUGCUGCCAACAUGCCAAAAUGCUGGAGGACACACAGUUUGUUGAUGGCUACAAGACCCUGGGCUUCCAGGAGACGAUCUAUGGCGAGUUUUUGGCCCGGUUGAGGGAGAACCCCAGACUGGUAGCUUCCUGCCUGGUGGCAGGAGAGAGGCUGAACCAGGAGCACACCCCCGGGGUCAUCUAUACAGUCUUCACCUCACUUUAUGGCAACUGUAUCAUGCAGGAGGACGAGAGCUAUUUGCUACAGGUGUUGCGGUACCUGGUAGAGUUUGAGCUGAAGGAGAGUGACAACCCUCGCCGUCUGCUGCGACGGGGAACCUGUGCCUUCAGCAUCCUUUUCAAGCUCUUCUCAGAGGGCCUGUACUCAGCCAAGCUCUUCCUCACUGCCACCCUCCACGAACCCAUUAUGCAGCUACUGGUGGAAGAUGAAGACCACCUGGAGACGGACCCAGGCAAGGUUACAGAGCGCCUCACUCCGGCUCAGCAGGAGCGCUUCGGAGAGAAGGGCUCUGAUGACUACAAACAAAGGGUGCAGGCAGCUGUGGAGGCCAACGAAGCCAAGCUGGUGGCUUUGGUCAACAAAUUUAUUGGUUACUUGAAGCAAAACACCUACUGCUUCCCCCACAGCCUGCGCUGGAUUGUGUCCCAGAUGUACAAGACGUUGUCAUGUGUGGAGCGUCUUGAAGUAGGUGAGGUGCGCACCAUGUGUACAGACCUGCUGCUGACCUGCUUCAUCUGUCCAGCUAUCGUCAACCCGGAGCAGUAUGGUAUAAUCUCUGAUGCCCCCAUCAAUGAAGUUGCACGCUUUAAUCUAAUGCAGGUGGGGCAGCUUUUGCAGCAGUUGGCAAUGGCUGAUGAUGAUGCAGAUCCAAGGCGGAAAAGCAGUUUGUCUAAAUUUGAUAAGAGUUGUGUUGCUGCCUUUCUGGAUGUGGUAAUUGGAGGAAGAGCAGCCGAGACCCCGCCCAUGUCCUCGAUGAACCUUCUAGAAGGCCUCAGCAGGACUGUGGUCUAUAUUACACAUGAUCAGCUGCUAGCAAUGGUGGACUUUGUGCGCAGUGUGACUGCAGGGGACCAACUCCGGGAGGAGGAGCACAUGGCCCUGGAGAACCUGCUGGCCAACGUGCCCCAGUCCCGAACUGUGAAGAGCAACAGUCUGGAGCUCACUCCCUCCAACACCCCCCAGCUCUCCCCGGCUACCACUCCUGCCAACAAGAAGAACAGGCUCCCCAUAGGACAACACUUAGCUGCCAUAACAUCCUGGGACCCCACAAGCACCACUCUGUCUGCCCACAUUCCAUUAGUAGCCCCUUUUGCGGAAUAUGGCUAUUCAUUACAAGCUGCUCGUAGCCGCAGCCGUACCAACAUAGCCCAGGAGGGGGAGGCAGAGGCCAGCUCCCAAGAGUCCCUUCAGGAGACGGAGCCAGAGGAGGUGCUGGUGAUUUCACUAGGAACUGGUCCUCAGACGGUCCCUGGGAUGAUGUCAGAGAAUGAGGUUUUGAACCUGCAGAUGGCUGAUGGGGCCCAGGGAGAUAGUCAUGCUGAUGAUACCAAACUGCAUGGUAAACCAGACAAAACCCUGCGCUUCUCCCUCUGCAGUGACAACUUGGAAGGCAUCUCAGAGGGUCCUUCCAAUCGUUCUAAUUCAGUCUCGUCUCUGGACCUGGAGGGAGAGUCUGUCUCUGAGCUUGGAGCUGGACCCUCAGGCAGCAACGGGGUGGAGGCUCUGCAGCUUUUGGAGCAUGAACAGGCCACCACUCAGGACAACCUGGAUGAUAAACUGCGCAAGUUUGAGAUCAGAGACAUGAUGGGACUGACAGACGAUCGGGACAUCUCUGAGACAGUCAGCGAAACCUGGAGCACCGACGUGCUCGGCAGCGACUUCGACCCUAACAUGGAUGAGGAUCGGCUGCAGGAAAUAGCAGGGGCAGCUGCAGAGAACAUGCUUGGCAGCCUGCUGUAUCCUCCUGGCUCAAGUUCAGUGCUGCUGGACCCCUACGGCUCCACCAUCUCAGAGACCACAAGUGAGGCCUGGAGCGUGGAGGUCCUGCCCAGCGACUCAGAGGCCCCAGACCUGAAACAGGAGGAGCGUCUGCAGGAGCUGGAGAGCUGCUCAGGGGUCGGCAGCACCUCGGACGACACAGAGGUCAGAGAGGUCAGCUCGAGACCCAGCACCCCAGGCCUCAGCGUUGUCUCAGGUAUCAGUGCAACCUCAGAAGACAUCCCCAACAAGAUCGAGGACUUGCGGUCAGAGUGCAGCUCAGACUUUGGAGGGAAGGACUCUGUGACCAGUCCAGAUGGGGAGGAGUCAGGCCACGGAGCACACCAUCUGACAUCUCCACCCUCACAGACCGACUCCUUACUGGCCAUGUUCGAUCCCCUCUCCUCUGCCGAAGGCUCUUCCACUGGAACAAUUGUGAGGCCCAAAGUGCACUACGCCAGGCCGGCUCACCCUCCACCUGACCCUCCCAUCCCUGAGGCCAGCGCCCUGGGGCCAGAGACGCGCCACUCUCUGUUCAUGCCCCACUGCCUGGCCCAGGCUGAGCUGGAGCACACCAAGCAGCGCCACUCCUUCCCUGACAAGCUGGUCCGCAGCCGCAGCUCUGACAUAGUGUGCCCAGGGCGUCGGCCCACGAGCGACCCCGGCCUGAACCGACGGGUAGCAGUUGAAGAGCGCGACCCUGCCGGGGCCUUCGCCUUAGGACCCUCCUCGUCCCCCAGCAAGGACUCCCUGAAAGGAGAGGUUGAGGACAGGAAAGACAGUGACGACGAGAAGUCUGAUCGCAACAGACCCUGGUGGAAGAAACGUUUUGUGUCAGCCAUCCCCAAAGUGCUGUAUUGGACGGCUGAGAGUGAUGUCCCAGCUCCAAUCGCAGCAUUUCGGAAAAGGGACAAACAAGAGAAAGAUGACGUUGUCCAGGAGCGUAUUUCACAAGUUUUGUCAGAUGACCUGUUGCCCAGACAGAGCAGUCAAGCACAGGCAGCUGAAGACAUCCUCGACAAGUACAGGAACAUCAAGAGGCCCAGCCCAAGUGAUGGAGCAGCAACUGGAGCUUCCUAUGACGGUACCGGAGAUCUUUGUGUUGAAGACAACGUACACGACUCUCCAAGAGAAGACACUCUGCAGAAUAUGUCCACAGAUGACCUCCCAGACUCGGCCAGCCAGUCAGCAAAUCAGCACGACUCCAAGUUCUCUUUCAGUGAUGCAAAGAAGAAGUUGAGGUUAGCGCUGUGUUCUGCAGACUCUGUGGCUCUGCCCAUCAUGGCUCCUGCAACCACACGAAAUGGGCUGCCUGAUCACAUGGAUACCGAAGACAAUGAGAUCGUCUGCUUCCUGAAGGUCCAGCUCGCGGAAGCCAUCAACCUCCAGGAUAAGAACCAGAUGGCCCAGAUCCAGGAGACCACACGCUGCGUCGGCCGCUUCGAUGCACGCACCUGCAGGAAGCUGCUGGCUGCCAUUGCGGAGGAUUACAGAAAGCGGGCACCGUACAUAGCUUAUUUAACCAGGUGUCGUCAGGGCCUGCAGACCUCUCAGGCUCAUCUGGAGCGGCUCCUCCAGAGGGUGCUCAGAGACAAGGAGGUUGCGAACCGCUACUUCACCACUGUCUGUGUUCGACUCCUUCUUGAACACAUGGAAUCCAAGAUGCUUGACUUUACUAAGGCGUUCCAGGGUUGCACAGCGUCGGAUGACAAGACAGCAGCAGUGGAGGAUUUUCUGCGCUACUUGUACGGUGCUAUGGCCCGUGAUGCCAUUUGGCAGUAUGCAAGCGAGGACCAGCUGCAGGAUGCCCAGAUGGCUAUCGAGCGCAGCGUUAUGAACCGCAUCUUCAAACUGGCUUUCUACCCCAACCAGGAUGGAGAUAUUCUCAGAGACCAGCUUCUCCAUGAACACAUCCAGCGGGUCUCAAAAGUAGUGACGGCCACUCAUAAAGCUCUUCAAAUCCCAGAGGUUUACUUGAGGGAGGCUCCCUGGCCGUCUGCACAGUCUGAGAUCAGGACCAUCAAUGCAUACAAGACGCCACGGGACAAAGUCCAGUGUAUACUGCGCAUGUGUUCAACCAUCAUGAACCUCCUCAGUUUGGCCAAUGAAGACUCCGUCCCUGGAGCGGACGACUUUGUCCCUGUCCUCGUCUUUGUCCUCAUAAGGGCAAACCCGCCCUGCCUGCUGUCCACCGUUCAGUACAUCAAUAAUUUCUACGCCAGCCGGCUGAGUGGGGAGGAGUGCUAUUGGUGGAUGCAGUUCACCGCGGCGGUGGAAUUCAUUAAGACCAUCGACGAUCGCAAGUGAAGCAGAACAGCCACCUGUAUGGGCAGACUGCGGGGGAAGGAGCCGGGAGACUGGGAGACUUCCCAACCAACUGCUCCCUCUGCACAGUUUAUAAAACCUGGCCCUCAGCCUGCUCUUUAUUUGUAUAGCUUGUACAUAGCCAGAGACACUGAAAGAUUACAAAAUAUAUAUUACUGUAUGUAUGUGGACAAAUCCAGGUUUUAGCCGUGGUGAAAAAAAUGGCCUUGGGGGAAAAAAUUGGCAAGAUGUUACCUGAUUUGGAUUUUUCCUUUUACCUUUGUCUCUUCAGUCAUGUUUCACUUUUGGGGUCUGUAUUAGGAAUUUUAUAUACACACAGUUACCAGUAUGACAUUAAAUCAACAUAAAAGAUAAUCCUAUAUAGGGAUAUAGGGACCAGACUUGCUUGAUGUGAUCACUGAUCUUAUUUUUCCCCCCAGAGUGAGAGGGAAGGGCUUCCAAUUAAAUUACAUUAUAAUGUUGAUUAAAUGCUUUGUAACGUGGGGAUUUACAGUGCGUGAUAAGUUACUGGUGGGAUUUGGUGACUCAUAAACACUGAAAUCAAUUCACAAUAAGCAUACCACUCAUCAGGUUAGUGUAUCAGACAGUAGGGCAGCUUAUUUCAUGAACUGUUUACUUCAUCCUAUUCCCAAAAAACCCGUGUCGGUGACAAUUUGGACAUAAGGGCCCACAUAUUUAUAUGAAAUAAAAUGUAUUUAUUUCUGUAAAUCUAUUUAAUGCUUUGUUGAUCUAAUUUUAAACAUAAUGGAAAUGCACAUUAUGGCCAUUCAAGAUGUCUGAGGCGAGUAGUGGCGGCGUCAUAAUAAACUUGCAAGAAAAGCUUGGGAUAAGAAAGGCACCUUAGCAACGAGUCGCCCUCGGGCGGGGGCUUCGGGGCGAUCGUGAUACAGGGUCAAUUCAUGCACAGAGUAGUGGUGGCAUUUAUGAAAAUACUGGAAUCAGUGCCUUUGGUAGGUGGCACUCUUUACAGGUUUUGAUGAGGGUGUUUUUUUAUUUUUUUAUUUAGUCUUUACCCAGCAUAGGCAUUAUCCCCCCCCACCACACACACAAUGGGUCAACCAUGUCUCACUGAGGAACCUUAGUCCAGCCCUCGCUGCAGGAACAUCGUCACAGCUCAGUUUGAUACACUUGAGUUUAAACAACUGUCCCCUUUUGGAUUUCUGGAUAUUACCUCACAGUUGAAACCAACGAGCCUGAUGUCAGUCUGUAAACUUUAACCUGUCCUGCAUUGGUUGACAACAAAGUACUGGAUCUUUUUUUUUUUUGUUUUUUUUUGCACUGGUUAUAAAAUAGUAAAAAACAAUGAAGGGAAAGGGAGGAAAAGUUGGAUCUUGAGCUGCUGUGAUGCCUGUUGUGGUCACGUCACCUUAAUUAACACAAGCCUUCGUUAGCGAACAAAGAUGUUUUAGUUUCUAAUCUUCUAGCUGAGAUGUCACGUGUGUCUGUGUGAGCAGACUAGUGAACUAUUGGAUGUUAGCUCUACCUCCUCAUAAGUUCAAGAAAGGGACUCGUGUUUAUGUGCACUUAUAUUUCUUUAUUUUUUAUUUUUCCCCAAUUUGCCGUGCUGUGAUAUCCCAGUGUCAUUGUAUCUUUCCAUUAUAGUACGAGCAUGUCUUUUAUUAUCCAGAAACGACUAAAACUCCUUUUCUCUCGAAAUCCUCUGCUUCAUUUUUGUGCACGGACGUGCCACGUGUAUUCUAGUUUUCAAUAAUGAUCCAUUUCUUUUCAUGGUUAAUGCCCUGACAGCACAAUACACAGUAGGAUAGAAGAGCAAGUAAUCAACACUUUGGACUCGUUACUGACUCGCAGUUGAUGCUAAAGUGGUUGGUGUAGUACAUGAAGUGUGUUUUUCUUUCUUUUUUUCGUCUAGUGAGUGUGUUUGAGACGACUGCGUGAUUGGUUGACCCUCUGCCUCCUCUUGCAUGAAGUCAUUGAAUGGUCUGUACAUCCUCAGUCAUGAUAAACGGUAGAAUAGGAUUAGAAUCUGCCACAGGCCAGUUAAUUGAACCUGCAAGAGGACGCAAAGCUUCUCUUUGUGAUACUUGCAUAUCAGAACUCGAUUUUAUUUUGCACAAAGCAGAUGGCUCUUCCGAUUUGACAGGGAGCAGUGCAUUUUGAAAUGUCGUUUCUUUUGGCCUUUAUAGUCAUAAACAUAAACAUAUUGUGAUUAAAAUAAUAUUUGAGUAGCAAACGUUAAGCACCUGACUGUUACUUUCUCAAGCUGAUGAACACCCUGGGUUUAUGAGCAAAUGCAUUUUUUACAUCCGUCUGCAGGAGCAUGUGCAGCAGAUCCGUAUGUGCAGUACAUUUCCUUUGCAGACUCUGUAAUCAAUUUGAUGAGAAAACCAUGCACUGGAAAAUCCAGUUGCAGGUUGCAUCUAUACUAAUUAAGUUUAUGUGAUGUCACUUUAAUUGGAAAUACAUACUGCACAAAUCUGAUGAAAUUAUUUGGACCUGGCUUAUGUUUCAGCGUUUCCCCGAACAGCCGGUCGCAGCAGCUACGUACGACCCCAGUGAAGAACUGAUCAAAACAACAAAUAACACACACACACACACACACACACACACACACACAAAUAUAUAUAUAUAUAUAUAUGGCUGUGAUAUAGCACCUGUGAUUUUUUUUAGCUGUGAUCGUAUGCAAACCACUGGACAAUGGCGUGGAGUGAGCAGACAGGAGCUGGUCCAGAGCUCUAAUGCUCUGCUCCUUGUACAUUUUCAGUUUCAAGGCUCAGCAGACAAGAAAAGAAAAAGUUUUACAUCUUACAUCUAAUUUUCCAUUUAAUUGUAAGCUUGCACAAUUAUGACAUGCGGGGAAAGCCGGUUUGUCUUUACUGUGAUUAAUGCAUUAUGUAAUUCUUUAAAAACAAUAAAAGAAGCAGAAGUUUU